AUGUCAUCUUCGCAUGCAGGCUGGAAAGCCUAUGAAUAUUACCCUUCCAUAGCAGCGGCUAUUGUCUUCAUCAUCCUUUUUCUGCUCGUCACUCUCCUCCACACCUAUCAGCUCAUUCGAACCCGAACAUGGUUCUUCAUUCCUCUUGUGAUAGGAGGCUACUUCGAGGUCGUUGGGUAUAUAGGACGUGCCAUGUCCGCUAACGAAUCGCCAAAUUGGACCAUCGGCCCAUAUGUGAUGCAGAGCACGCUGCUGCUUGUCGCUCCGGCUUUCUUUGCCGCCAGUAUCUAUAUGCAGUUGGGUCGGAUCAUUAUCUUGAUCAAAGGAGAGCAACGUGCUUUGAUCCGGGUCAAUUGGAUGACGAAAAUAUUCGUUGCGGGUGAUGUGCUCAGCUUCUUGAUGCAGGCAUCAGGAGCCGGAAUCAUGGUCAACGGAUCUAAAAGCACAGGCGAAAAUGUCAUCAUCGGUGGCCUCAUCGUCCAAAUCGUCUUUUUCGGUUUCUUCCUCGUGAGCGCAACCAUCUUUCACCGACGUAUCAGAAACCAUCCCACUCCGGAGUCUGUCGCCGAUUACAUCCCCUGGCAGAAGCAUAUGACCGCGCUGUAUGUGUCGAGUACUCUGAUCCUCAUCCGGUCGAUCUUCCGUGUGGUCGAGUAUGCCCAGGGUUCGGAUGGUACUCUUUUGAAGAGCGAGGUAUUCAUAUACAUCUUUGAUGCACUCUUAAUGUGGGCGAUGAUGGCUGCCUUUUUGGUCGUUCACCCGAGUGAGGUCAAUUGCCUUUUGGGCCGAGGAAAAGUCAUGGCAGCCAAAGGUGGUUUCAUGGUCAGUGAACUUUCGAUGGCUGUUUAGUGUAAUGAAAAGGGGUGUCUGGCGUAGGAAUGGUUUUAUUUGCCUUUCAUGUUGUUUUAUAUCUUCCAUCUUCCUGUAUAUCAUUUGUUUGGCGCAUUGUUUUCAACAGAUUCAACUUGCCUUCUUAUCAGCGAGAAUAGAAUACAACGCAAUUCGCGGUUUCAUCAAAGUGGCACGCUGUAUGUAGAGAGAAUAUUAAGGAAAUGGUAUAUAUGAGAAGC